GACAUACGGACAGGUUUGUUCAUAUCUCUGAAAGUUCGUAAGUCAAAUGUUUGUCAGUAGAGGAGUCCCUGUACACAGCAAUCAUCGCCUCCUUACUCUGGAAACCCACACGUUUUAAGUUUCAGUUCACGCAGUCGAACACGUACUCAUUCAGUAACGUCCAAUUCUAUCUUGCGUGUUUCGUCUGUUGCGUCUUAUCAGCUCACGGCCUCCGCUGGUAAAGUUCGUGAAGGCAAAGUACGAUUUUGUGGCCCGGAGCAGCGCAGAACUGUCAAUCAACAGGGAGGAGACUCUGGAGGUCCUGGAUGACAGCAGCAAUUGGUGGAAGGUGCAGAACGAGAACGGAUCCGUUGGCUUUGUUCCCAGCAACAUGGUCGAGCCCCUGAGGAAAGGCAGAAGCCCCCAUUCCGCCGGACUGGAUAGGCACUUCUUUGAUGACAACGCAACCUACAGCGAGCCUGAACGAAGAAAAGACCCAUUCGACCGCCGCACCACACAGAUGGACCUCCUCACGAUCGAGCUGCAGAACCGGCUCAUGCUGGCAGCCAAGCCGCCCGCGAGCCACGCGACCCACGUGACCCGGGAUUCCUUGUCCGAGAUCUCGAUCCACUCGCAGCCGGCCGACGUUCAGCUGUGGCUCAGCACGCAGGGCUACCACCAUCGGACUCAGGCCCACCUGACUGGCAUCAAUGGGGAUCAGCUGUUUGCGAUGUCACGCGAUUACAUGAUGGUAGUCUGCCCUGAGGAGGGAGCUCAGCUCUACAGCCGCCUGGACCAGUACAGACCUCACAGCUGGGACCAGAAUUUCAGCGACGACCUGGGGAGGCGGAUGCUCAUGAUGCAGAAGUACAAUUAGCUGCAAACCCAUCAUUCCAAGAGAAAACAUUUCGGUCACCAUGACUCUACCGGGCCUCCAAACUCUUACACCUUAAAGACCACCCAGAACCCAACGUUCCGCAUCCACAAACCUUCCCUGUUACAAGUUCCAUCCCGGUACAGUGAUGAGCACGCCUAUCUUGUAAAGCAAAUGAAAUGGGUUUAAAUCCCAGUCAAGGAAAGCACAUUUCACUCAUUACGCCAACUGCCCGUUAUACUGCAGUUGGUCGAUUGGCGACAUCGAGUACAGCAAAUCCUUCCGUCUCGCAGGUUUAGCUAUCGCGGUUUUGCAACUGCGCGCCAGACCUGUUGAGGUACAGAGUUCGUCGAUCGCGCCCCUGUGUCUCGUCGUAACUGCGCUGCUCGCGAUGACGCUGCCGCGGAAGAACACGCGCGGCGCCAUCUUGCCUCCAUCUUGUCUCCAUCUUGUCUCCAUCUUGUCUCCCAAGUGGCAUGUCGCGGGUGCCAGGCCACGCGGUGUUCCCAGCCUCCAGUCAAGAGGAGGCAGCAAGGUUCAGCCACUAUCGAUUUUUCUUCCUGUAUUGCACAGCACUGUGCACGGAUACUACGUGUACAGUCUUGUAUACUACAUUUAAAACCAAAUCAUUCUAUACAUUUACCGUAAAAGUUAUAUUCUAACACUACAAAGUAUAUUUUACACUCAAAAUGCUUCCUGUUUAAUGGGUCGGGUCAUUGUAGGGCAGCGUAAAACCAAAGCAGGGGGGUGUGGGUGCCGUAUUGCGAACCGUGAAACCAUUGAUGCCUCUGAGUUUGCGGAUUGUGGAUUUGCUGAUUGCAGCCACUUUAAAAACAUAAACCCCCCCCCCCCGCCCCGUGAUGGGCAAGGGUUUUGCUGUUUUGUGGUCCGGUAAAGUGUAGAUCCUCGAUUUUUUUAACAACCUAUGUGGUCGGAUGUGUUCGUGCGCAAUAGCUGAACGUCUCCUUGAGCCAAACACAUGUUCUGUGCGAAUGGCAUUAGGGCGUGGGUGAUCAGGAUGGCCGGAUAACACGCGCAAGGCUGCGAGGGGUGCCAAAAAUGUAUAAAUACAGUGAACUUCCACAGUUUUAACUGAUUUGACAGAUGCACCACAGAGGUGAGGGGUGUCCAACAGGUAACACACAUUCUGUGUCUUUUGGUAAAAUCAUGUAGAUAGCUUCAAAUCAAGAUCAUGUAGAUAGGUUCAAAAAAAUAACAAAAAAACUACGACGUUUCAAUCGCAACACAAGCGGUCGUCAUC